UCAUAUUGUUGUAAUGGUUGCAAUUCUUGUUGCAGGUGCAGCUUGCAGUUGCAUUUGUGAAUUGUAUUGAUAAUGCUGUGUCAUGUAAACUAAUAAACUAAUGAACAUCAUAAAUACAAUAGUGAAUAAUAACAUAAAAAUGCAAAUACAAAGUUACUUAUUUAGUUUCAAAGGUCAUAAAUCAAUUUCAUUUUGAGACAGUCUAAGGAUGGAUUUUUAAAUUUGCUGCUAUUAUGUCACAGUUAACACAGAAUUUUAAGUGGUAUGAAAAGUUUACUGCAUUCAUUGUUUCUACAUCGGAAACUGCUUUUGACAACUUAGGUUAUCAAGUUGCUUCUAAACCAUGGUGGACUAUUGGAUUGUGUUGGUUGUUUGUAUUUUCGAGUGCUUUAGGCUUCUUAAAGUUUCACCAAGAAAAAAAUCCAUUUAAACUAUGGGUCCCUUCAAAAUCUGAAUUUUCUAUUAACACACAAUGGCUAUUUAAUAAGUUUGAAAAUGCAUACAGAACAGAAGGAUUUAUACUAGUGGCUGAUGAUGUUCUCACUCCAGAAGUUUUAUUAACUGUUGCUGAAAUUGACCAAAAAAUUAAAUCAGUGAUAACAUCAGAAGGAAUAACAUUCAAAGAAGUAUGCUUUAAAAUUCCAGAAAUUGACAUUGAUAUAAAUUUACUUUUUAAAUCAAGAAACUCCAAAAAUGGAAACGAUUCAUUUUUUGAUCCAUCUGUUUAUUUUAACUCUGCUACAUACUGCAAAUUAGUAGAGUCGUUUUCACAGGAGUGUUUGCAAAGAAGUAUUUUAGAGCUAUGGAAUUUCGAUAUUGAGAAAAUUAAACAGCUUAGUAAAAAGGAAAUAAUAAAUAAACUCAACUCUAAUAAAAAUGACUUCUUGUUUGGUAAUUUCAAAAAUUAUACCGAGUUGUUGGGUAAUAUUGAAACGAAUGAAGUUGGUGAAAUUGUAAGUGCCAAGGCCCUACAUAUUUUUUAUAUGCUUCAUGUGAACUUUUCUGCUAUAGACAUUGAUACAUUUGGUAAUACAGCUGGCACAGCAGAUUGGGCAUCAGAAGAUGGUUUAAAAUGGGAAAAUGAAUUUUUAAAACUCAUGGAAUCAAUUUCAAAAAAUUUGACGUCUUCAAAAAUUUACUAUGAGUCAGCUCGUAGUUUUGGAGAUAUUAGUAAUGGAACUAUGUUCCAAGAUAUUGGAAUACUAAUUACUGGUAUUUUUGUAAUGGUGUUGUAUGUCCAAUUAGUCAUAUCAAAAUUUAAUUGGGUUGAAGCUAGAAUAUUAUUGGGGGCACUGGGACUUGUACCUGUUGGGAUGUCAUUUAUUGUAGCAUGUGGUCUUUGUUCAUUGAUGGGUGUUUCUUACGGUCCAGUACACACUUCUUUGCCUUUUUUGUUAAUGGGUUUGGGAGUGGAUGAUAUGUUUGUGAUGAUGGCAAGUUGGGACGAUUUACCAUCACAUGUUAAGCGGUUGCCUUUAGAAAAGCGAAUUGGGCACAUGCUGAAGCAUGCAGGAGUCUCCAUAACCGUUACGACAUUUACAGAUGUUGUUGCAUUUUUAAUUGGCUCAUCAACGAUACUUCCAUGUUUGGAAACUUUUUGUCUUUAUGCAGCUGCUGGAGUUUUUAUGACGUUUGUAUUUAUGGUAACAUUUUUUACUGCUUGCUUUACUCUCGACCAGAAAAGACUCGAAAACAUUAGAAAUGGUGUCCUUCCUUGCAUUAAAUAUAAUCAUUAUGAAAAAAACGAAUGCAGUCAACAACGAUUAUCAUAUCAAAUAUUUCAAUUUGUUUAUUUAAAAUUUUUUUUUACACUGCCUGGUAAGAUCUUGGUAAUCAUAGUAACUUUGUGCUGUUUUGGGUACAGUAUUAGAAGUACAUUAGAUCUGCAACAAAAAUUUGACCCAAAUUGGUUUAUUCCCGAUAACACUUACUUAGGAAAGUACUUAGAGCAAAAAAAGAAAUAUUAUCCAUUAUUAGGAAAUGAAGGUGCAUAUUUUAUGGGUGCAUUAAAUUAUACUCAUGAAAUGCACAACAUUAAGACUGUGGUGGAUACCUUAAGAAAUUAUUCUUCUAUUAUUAAGAUAAAUUCUUGGGUAGACCCGUUUUAUAAUUUUGUGAAACAUCAUUUUAAAAAAGAUGUAUAUGAAGACGACUUAACGGAUUUUGAAUUCAAUAAUUUCUUAAGUAAAUUUCUUUUUAGUCCACAAAAUGCAAAAUUUCAGGCAAAUUUUGGUUUUGCCGCCCCGUUAGAAUGUGGAAUUCCCGUUUCCCAAAUAAAAUGGUCAAGUGUUAAUUUUUGGUUUAAACGUUUUUCUGGAUCAGCGGAAUACCUUCCUGUUAUGCAUCAACUAACUGAUAUGGCAAAUCAAGCGAAUUAUACAACAGGUGAUCGAAUCUCUAUAGUGUGGUCAAAAAUGUUUGCCACGUGGAUUACUGAUGAGUUAAUUGAUAUUGAAGUAAUGAGAAACUUACAGUUAGCUUUAUUAAGUGUGAUGGUAUGCACUGUACUUCUCAUAGCGAAUUUGCAAAUGUGCUGUUGGAUACUUCUAUGUACUCUGUUAACAAUAAUAGAUGUUUGUGGAUUUAUGCAAAAUUGGGACGUAUCAAUCGAUAUGGUAGCAUGUAUCGGAUUGGAGUUGGCUAUUGGACUAUGUGUAGAUUAUUCAACACAUAUAGGACAUACGUUUCUUACUACAGAAGGUUCUUCACGUGAACAACGUUCUUUAAAAACUGUUUGUACAAUAGGUUCAGCGGUACUAUAUGGUGGAUUUUCAUUUUUCAUUGGCGUUUCAAUGCUUGGAACCUCUACAGCUUACAGUUUUCAAGUAUUUUUUAAGAUAUUUGUUUUGGUUUUGAUAUUUGGACUUUUUCAUGGUGUUGUUCUACUGCCUGUACUUCUUUGUUGGUUUGGACCAAAACCGUAUACAACCCAUCACGAAAUACCACAAACAAUUGAAGAUUCAAAGUAAACUGCUCCAUUUGUAUAUAAUGUAAAUUAUAGAGUAUUACAUGUUUUUUGUGGUAUUAUUUUGUAUUAAAAGUGAAUAUAUUAUUAUAAAAUAA